CUUUAAAGAGGAGGUUGUGCAACUGUUUCUGAAAAGACCACUCUGGAUGCAGAAGCAUUUGACAAUUAUCUCUUAUUUACUCUCUAUUGGAGGAAAGUGCUUGAGAGGAUAGUGGUGGCCCAACUUUAGGGACUCUUGAAGGAAACCAAUUAUUUGGACCCAUUAGCUGACUGGCCACCCCUGGUGGUGAUGGCAAUGAUGUUUUGAACAUCACCAAUGCAAAAGGCAGCCUGUAAAAGUUCUUAAGCCUCUCUCGGCUGUCUUCACCAGUUGAUUUUUUUGUUUCUUUUGUUUCUGCUUCAUCAUCAUCGCACCUCCUGAAUUUCCCCCUUAAAAACAACAACACCGGUCCCCAUUUUUGAAUUUCGGGGGUGAAAUGCAUCGAAAAGAAGCUGCUUUCUUCAUCUGAAUGGUUUACACCAGCUCCUCUGUUACUUCCACCUCACGCCUGAAAGGCUAUAGAAACGAAACCCGGAAGUUUUGUAAGAAAGCUAUUAGGACUGCAGCCUUUGGAUCGAUAAACCCCACCCCUCCCCGCUACGGCGGAUGGUUGCUAUGGGGACUGCCGAACCGAGGAGCGCGGAUUGGCUGAGGGGCGGAGUCAGUGCUUUCGAGGGCGGGCUGUGCGAGGAGUUUCAAGAUGGCCGCGAUGUAAACAAGUGCGGGGGGUAAGUAAGACGAGAGGGGUGAGGCUGCGGCGGCGGUUCUUCUCCGGCCUGUAGGACGUUAUUGGGGCAGAGUUUUUGAAGGGAGGCCGGGGGAGCUUUCCUCCUCAGGUUGGCGGAGGGAGGCUGUGAGCUCUUCCUCUCUCCAGUCGCAGGUUUACGCGCUUUGUAGGAAGUCCCAUAGAGUUCAGUAGGGCUUGCUCCCAGGUAAGGUGGGCGAUUGUGAAGCUUGCCUUGCUCACGAGUAGUAGGUUGCCAAUAAAACGGGUGCUUUUUUCUCCAUGCCAACCCCUUUUCUGCCCGCUUUCAGUUGCACUUUAAUGACAAGGCAGUGCAAAUCGCCAGCACCGAAGAUCGCGCCAGGCAGGAGGAGCCCCAUAACCGCACCUGCCCUUCUCGAAGGUAGCUUUGUGCUUUUACCUCCAGCCGUGUACAAAGGGCGUGGAAACUCGUGAAUCGAUCGCCACAGCCUUAACCGGGCUCCUAGGAGAAUAACGUAUUUCACAGGACUGCAGAGAGAGGUGCUGCAUAGAAGAUGCAACCCUGUGCCUGUUAGAUAGGAGAUGGGGAAUCUGCUCCUCCAGAUGUUUAGUAUUUAUUUAUUGAAUUUAUAUACCGCCCUAUACUUGGGGAUCUCAGGGCAGUUCACAGAAUAAAAUCAAGAUAUAAAACCACAAAAUACCUAAUAGAACUAAAAAGAACCCAAUCUCCCGCCCUGCCCCCAACCCUUCCCCCCACAUUUUAAAAGGUCAUAGGAUGUCAAUCAGAUCAACCAAAGGCCUGGUUAAAAAGGAAUGUUUUUGCCGGACGCCUAAAGGUUUAUAAUGAAGGUGCCAGGCAAACUUCUCUGGGGAGAGCAUUCCACAGAUGGGGAACCACUGCAGAGAAGGCCCGUUCUCAUGUUGCCAUCCUCCGGAAAUCUCGAGGAGGAGGCACACGAAGGAGGAUGUUGGGACUAGCAUGGCCAAGGCUCAAGGAUGGUGAGAGCUGCAGCCCAGCUACAUCUGGAAUGUUAAUAAUAAUAAUAAUAAUUUUUAUUUAUACCCCGCCCUCCCCAGCCAAGGCCGGGCUCAGAGCGGCUUACAAGCAAUAAUAAAAACAAGUUGAAUGAUUACAACUUAAAAACAAAAUUAAAAUACAACAUUAAAAUAAUGAAACAUUAAAAUAUUAAAAUAUAGCCUCAUCGCAGGAGGAGAAGGAAAAGAAAAAAAGAAAGAGAGGGAGGGAAUCAAAUUGGCUCCAAGCCAAAGGCCAGGCGGAACAACUGUCUUACAGGCCCUGCGGAAAGAAAUCAGAUCUUGCAGGGCCCUGGUCUUAUGAGACAGAGCGUUUCACCAGGCCGGAGCCAGAGUUGAAAAGGCCCUGGCUCUGGUUGAAGCUAAUCUAACUUCCUUAGGGCCCAUGACCACUAGGGUGUUACUAUUUAUGGACCUUGAGGCUCUCCGUGGGGCAUACCGGGAGAGGUGGUCCCGUAGGUACGAUGGUCCUAGGCCGUGAAGGGCUUUAAAGGUCAAAAGCAGCACCUUAAAUCUGACCCUGUACUCCACUGGGAGCCAGUGCAGCUUGAAAAGCACUGGGUGAAUAUGCUCCCAUGGCAGAGACCCCGUGAGGAGCCUCGCUGCAGCAUUCUGCACCCACUGGAGUUUCUGGGUCAGCUUCAAGGGCAGCCCCGCGUAGAGCGAAUUACAGUAGUCAAGCCUGGAGGUGACCAUCGCAUGGAUCACUGUGGCCAGGUCGGGUUAAGAGGUUCCCCCACCCCGGAUUAGGCCAAGGUUAGAUGCUGAAUCUAUGGCAGGAAAUGUAUUUAUUUUAUUUUAUUUUGCAAGUUUUAAAGAACAGCUAGUUUUUACAGCUGCAUUCUUAAGCAUAAAAUCCUGACCUAUAGCUGGGGAACUCUGAAGUUCAGAGAGAUACAGCUUGACAUGGAUCAGGGAAAAUAAGCGUACAGAGGACAGUAACUCAGCUGUAUUGUGUAUUUGUGUAUCUUUUUUAUGUUUUUUUUUGUUUUUGUUUGGUGUUUAAUUUUUGAUUGAAACUUUAAUAAAAUUUAAAAAAAGAAGAAGAAAGAAAAUGCAAAAUCUGUGCUGGGGAUUAUUAGGAAAUGGAAUGAAUAUAACUGGUUUAUCAUAUCUACUGUUGAUGACCUUCAUCUGAUGCCAAGUAGAGUGGCCCCUGCAACCUGCCAUUCUUCACAGAGUUGGCAUCUUGAUAGAACUGAAGGGAGAAGCCACCAAGAAGCCCAGGGAAGGCUGCUGUGUAGACAGUGCCCUGACUUAUGAAAGGCACCUGAGAAUGGGCAGUCCCCAGACAUCUAAUGGAAAAAAUGAGGGCCAUUUGUACGUGCUCUGUUUUUAAGGCUGGGGUGGGUGGCUGCUCAGAAGGAAACAGCUCUCAUCCUUCUCCUGGUAUCUGAGAUCCAUAGAAAAGCAGGAGGAAGAAUAUCAGGGUGGUUUUAUAAUCCUGUUCCCAACUGGCAAAAGGGAGCAUUGAGUGGCAGACAGAGAGUAGUGUCCCUGGGCAGGACAGGAUACAGUUUGCAGCAUACCCUGCCAAACCUGGCUUAUUUGCAAAUCUGUUUGUGGCCACAUUUGGAAUACUGUUUUUUCACCCAAUCUCGAGAAACAUACCCAAAUGAAGAAAGUUUAAAGCAUCUGAUCUAAUCCUGGGGUCCCCAGUGCUGCACCAGUGGGCAGUCUCAGGUCAUUACUAUUAAGUAUUUUGACUUAUGGGUCUUUUCUUUUGCCCUUAUACAUGUGCCACUGCCACACACCCCUGCCCCGGUAGCAUACAUUUAUGGAUUAUGGCUGCCAGACCCUGCCAAAACACAUCAUCAUAAUAUACAUAUAAAACCACUGCUCAGUGUAGUUGCAUAAACUGCCUGUUUGAUAAACAGUAAGAUGUUGGACAUUAAUUCUAAUAAGCCUGUGUAAGCCACUUAAAACUUCAAAUAAAAAAAUGAUUAUUUUUGUAAUAUUGUAUUUUUCUAAUUCUCUUUUUAUGUCCAAAGGAUUUGUUUUCACAUUCUGUUUCCUUGGAUCUUAGAAAAUCUGAAUUCACUUUGACAUUGAUGAAUGAAUAGUUAAGAAGUAAGAUGCACAAGAAGUUCUGACUCUGUUUUCAUUGCUGCUGAAGAGACAGCGAAAGCCCUAAAGACAUUUUAAAUAACUUUGUUAAAGAUUUUUCCACAGUGAUAAUGUGUAUGUUAUCUUUCAUUAUGUCCCUAGAGAUGUGGAGUGGACUGUUACCUCCCGGUGUGAAUGAAAGUGAUGUUGACACGAGUUCUGAUGAUGAAGGAACAUGGGAUGGGCCUGGGCCUGAGUCCAUCUUAAAAGAGAAAAGAGAACAAAAGGAUUUGAAAGGCAUUCUGUCUUCUAGCUCUGAGAUUCGGGAACCUGAAAGUAUCACUGAAGGCAAUCCUUUUACAGCAGUGGCAGAUGAAGGACAGGAAUUCCAAACAUGUCCUUCUGGAGUUUCAUUAGAUAUGUGGAAAGUAGGUAUGAUUACAACUCUGCACAUGACUGAUACUGUGUUUGGUAUAGUAGCUCUUGUAGCUGAUGUUUACGUAGGUAAUCAUUGUUGAAAGAACAGGUUGAAACAAGAAGUAAAAUUAUGUUAAAUGGAACACAGUCUCCAUAUUAAGCUUCUUCACCUAUGGAGAAGAAACUUCUGGGUUUUGUUUUAAUAUCAUUGUCCAAAAGGUUGCUCACUUAAAUAGGAAUGGAGGGAGGUGUGAUUAUUUCUCAAGAUGUGUGCUGGUGUUACCAUGGUUUAUCAAGUUCUGGUUUUGCGUGUGGAGAUCAAGUACAGAAACUUGAGGCUUGAUUUAGUAAGCAGAUUUGGCUACUGUCUGUUGAUCUUUAUCAAAGUUUCCUAAAAUGCACACUCUGCCUUCUCUUUUGCUAUAUCUUCUAGCAGUUAUAACCUGACCAUCCUUGAGUACUCAUACUUUAUUUUUCAAUGUAUUUCAUAUUUGUUUUAUAUCUUCUCCGAGUCCAGAGAACAGCUCAAGCAAUUCUGCAUGUCCAAAUGAAUUUGGGAAUUAGGCAUUUGAAGCAGCUGCCCCUCAUGCCAUAUAAACACUUUUCAGGACUUCCGGGUUGGCGCCUCUGGCAAUGGCGGAUUUCCUCCGAUUGGGAGGAAUCCACUCCGUGGAAAAAAGGGUCUGAACCGCCAUGGCGAGGCGGAGACCCAUCAAAAACCACAGGCGGGAGAAGCCUGUGGACAUGGGAUUCGGCUGGCACCUUUGCGCCCCCCCUACUCGCGGGGAACCCCGGUUUCGGGGGGUCCGGAGCGACGUGGGGUGAGUGGUGCGGUGCUUUGAAUCGACUGCUUCUUUCACGGAGUGAAGCCGCAUUGCUGUUGCCGGAGAGCGCUGACAUUUUCCUGUGGACAAUUGGAUUUUAAAUAACUGCCUGUGAGUAGAACGGAAAAUUGGAUUAAGAAAUUUCUUUUAAUUUGGCACUGAAGCGGGAAGGUCUAAACAGGAAGUCCGCCUUCCGCUUUUGUAGAUAGAUUAAAGCAAAGACACGGCAAGCUAGAGUUUAGAAAGUCGUCUGUAAAGGAUCAAUUUUCAUCAUUUAAAAUUACUGAACCCCCCUUGGAAGCAGGAGAAGAGGGGGGAACUUUUUCUGGACUGUUUAAACCUGCAGAAGAGAGAGUAAAGAAAAGCAAUUUUCCACCGUCUUGAACCUGGGAGCGGGGUGUCAGGACAGACGUCCUCAGGAAGUUCAUUGACUAUAGACAAACGUUUUGACAGAUAGUUAAAAGAAGAGAAACAUAUUGAUUCCAUUGUUCCCUUUCGCAUCUAAAAGGAACAAAAUAUUGACAAAAUAUCUGAAAAAGGAAACUUUGUUGUUAGAUCUGCUUUAAAAAAAAAAAGAGAUGGAUACAAAUAGAAGCUUUUUCCCCUAGAGGGAGCUUGCGAAACUGUUAUUAAAUCCGAACUGGGGAGCUGUGCAGCUGCAAUAGAUUAAGAUCGUGGGAUUAGACUCUGACCUUGAACAAGAAUGUACUCGGAGGCUCUGGUGCUUGCCUUCUGCAAGACAAGUGCCUUAUUGGAACAGUUACAUGAGAAGACGGAUUUGAUGACUGUUGCGAUCGGAAAUUUUGGACAGGCAGUGGGUACCUAUAUAGAACCCACUCAGGAAUUAAUCCAGGAGUGUGCUCUGACAGAUCAGAUGAGGGAGGAGGUUGUUGCUGGACCUCGGGAGGCAGAGAUGGAGGGAACUGUGGCCCAGCAGGAACAUGAGUUGUUGGAUUUGACGAAUGAACCUGGAAAAAGCCAGAUUUGGAGAGAUAGAGUCUUGUUUGGCUUGGAGAUGGGGGGUUGGAUAGACCCCCCUAUGCAGGGAUGUUUUGACCUUUCAAGUCUGGCCUUGGGCCGGGAGGAGUUCGGAGUUGUGGGGGUCCUUAACUUUGGAGGGACCUUGAAACAUGCUUUUAAAUACCACAUGGAGUUCAGUGUUGACUAUGGAAAAGGGGCUGAUCUGUCGAGAAGGGACAAAAAUAUUGUCAAGCUGGAGUCUCCACGAGUGAAAGGAGCAGAAGACAAAGUAAAGUACAGGUAUAAAUAUGAAGAAGACCUGCGGAAGGGACAUGGAAGAGAUUUAAGAGCCUCGGACAUAAGGUUACCAGGUUGAUGAACUAGAUGGAUGGAAUAGAAAGGACUGACAAAACCCGAGACCAGGAGGAAGAGACGUUGGAUGAAGAUUGGAAGAAAGUUUAAAAAAAAUUAUUUAGGAAAGUUUUGUAAAAUUAAUGAGUAUUAGAAAAAUGUUGGAACGAAAUUAUUUGGCUUUAGCAGAAAUGUUAAAAAGAAUUAUGUAAGAAUAUGUUAUGGUCAUGAGAAAUUGGUAUAAAUAAGAUUUAAGUUUUAAGUUUUGGGGCUUUUUAUGGUAAGAUAAGGUUAAAAUAGAUUAAGAUAACUUAAUGACAGAAUAUUAUGAAAGAUGGAAAGGAUUUGCUGAGAUAAUUAACAACUAGAAUACAAAAAAGGGAGGUGCGAGGAGGUCGAUGAAAUAAGGUAAUGACAGUUAAGGAUUUGGGAAUAUUGGAUCUGUUUUUAUUUUUUUGUUUAUUUUUGCUUUUUGCUUUUGAUGUAUUAUGUGCUUUUCUUUUUCUUUUUGACUUUGAUUUUUAUUGAUUUUUAUUGUUUAAUUGUUACUUGUUUUCUCCUUUUUUUCUUUGUUUCUUUGUAAUCUUAAAAUUCUCAAUAAAUAUUAUUAUUUUUUUUAAAAAAAAUAUAAUGAACACUUUUCACACUGGGAGGGGUUCAGAAGCAGUUUGUGAUAUGGCAUGGUGAGGCGGUCUGUUUCUCAAAGAAAAAAAAGUAACUCUCCUUGACUAUGCCCAAACCUUUAGGUAUGAUAAGGGAUCUUUUUGGGUUCCAGCCUUUAUGCAGAAGGUUGAAAUUGACUCCGAAAAAUAUGCCUGCAUAGUUAAUGCAGGAAGUGGAAUAAAUCACAUAGAGAUCUGUGUAGACUGUCAGUGUAGUCCUGAGGCUUCUUGCAUGUGUUGAAGCUGAGUUAACUGCGUAGAGAUGCUGUGCAUGUAUUGUUUUUUCCUUUUCACUGCCAUGUCAUUAACUUCAUACACUUUUCCCUUGCACUCAUGUAGCAGCUACCAUGAAGUCCAUGUUGCUUGGGAAUGCCAUGUCCAUUUUAGGGUCUGCAGGCUCUGAUCCUUGCCAUUUCGGACCUUUGAAUGCAGCUUGCUUCUAUCGAGAGUGUUUUAUACAGUAGAUUUCUGAAAUAAGUUGAUUUUGUACAUUCAGUGACUUCACUGUAAAAGCAAACAAAAUAACAUAGUGUUUCUCAGUAUGUGUUUUUCUCUUUCAACAGAAAUUUCAGAGCCUGCAAAAGAAAAACUUUGAAAUGAAAAUCCAAGUCAGUCAGAGUGACAGGAGGGGAAAGAGAAAGCGUUCCAGAAAAGGUGUUCUGCUUAAUUAACAGACGUCUUGGGAAAUGUUGUUUAAUGGCUGAAAACAUUGUGCUUAAUUGAGUCCAAAAAUGUUUAAAGCAUGGAUUAGGUGGCGGUAGUAACAACGCAUACGUUGUGAAAUAUUGAACUUGAGGAUUUUUCUAUAAUUUGGUUGUGAUUCAGAGGUAUAAAACAUAAAUAACAUUAUUUGUUAUGGUCAGGAUCCAGAGAACACAACUAGUUCCAGGUAUCCAAAGGACAUCUUUCCAGAACAGCAGCACACAUGCCACAAGCAGAUUAUUAAAUCUGAGAGCAAUUUUAAAAGCAGUUUGUAGUAAGGCAGGAGGGACUAUACUUCAGAGAAAAUGCCAAAGGCCUUUGGGCAUGUCAGAAAUAGCUCUUUGAAUCUUGGCCCAUUUAUGUAGUGCUGCUGUACAGUGUUUGUCAUUUAUUCUUUCUGCGACCGCAUUACAUAGGUCAUUCUAGUUUUAUUGGAGAACCAAAACGAGAGAGAGUGACUUGCCCACAGACUCCCAGUUGAUUGAACAGGGAUUUAAUUUCAAGUUUGGGUCUUGUACACUACUCCUAAUUAAACCCCAGUGGUUCUCAUGUGUAUUUUUAUUCUUAGGCAAUUCAGCAUUUUAAUUAUUAAUGCCUUUUCAGGGUGGCAUUUGAACUAGCACUUAGGUUUUUGUAGAUUACUAUGUGAUUCAGCUCUCCAAACCACUGUGCCCAAACCAUCCUACUAAGCUUAGUUGUCUCCAUCAUAAUUAUUCUCUGUGGGAAAACUGGUUUAUGCUCACAUCUUGCCCCUUUGAAAUCAUACCUCUAUGCAUUAAAAAGUGCUCUGUUGGAGGAACUAGGCAGCAGCAUGAUGGCAGAAUUGAUGCGCUGAUUGGGGAAACAAAGAAACUUAGUCCAUAUACCACCACCACCACCAGGGAGGUGUCUUUGGGUUAGGGCUGUUACACUGAGACAUGUUUAACUGAAGCCAGUAGAACUGACUUCUACGUAAAUCAUUUGGACCUGACUAUGAAGGGGUUGUCUAGAUCAGUAAGAAUAACAUCAAAUAGUUAUUUUGUACCACAGUAACAAUAACAUCAAAUAGCUAUUUUGUACCACAGUAACAAUAACAUCAAAUAGUUAUUUUGUACCACAGUAACUAUGCAUGUAAGUUCCACAGUUGACUAGAGCUUAUUCUCAGUUGUGUAUGCUUUGGAUAUCUAUUUAAGAUACAGUGGUUACCUUGGUUGUUGAACUUAAUCCAUUCUGGGAGCUUCCUACACUCAAUCGGAAGCUGCGGAAACCGCGUCUGGAGUCUGGCUUCCAAAAAACGUUCACAAACCAGAACACUUACUUCUGGGUUUGCGGCGUUUGGGAGCCGAUUUGUUUGGGAACCAAGCUGUUCAACAACCAAGGUACCACUGUACAAUGAGAAUAGUACAGUCUCAAUCCAGUCUGAUGCAGUUGUUGCACUAUAUACAGAGGGAUUCCAGUGGAAUAUAAGACAAUCCUGUUCUCCUCCCCUCCCUCCACAGCAUGCACGUACAGCUACUCAGACCAAACCAUUUGUUAUAUGAAUAUUGGAGGUGUGUAUGGACCUCCAAUUCCCUGUAAAAUCAGACACAUUCCAGCACAUUGCUAUGGAUGUAUGUGCACCUUUGUAGAAAAUGGGGAAAUGAGAUUAUAUUGUGCUCUGUGACAGGGGUGAGUGUCCAGCCCCCUGGGGGGGGGAAGGCAUCAGCUAUUUUUUCUGACCUUGGUGAACCUUCUUCCUACUUGCCACUGUGCUAGAACCACUGCUCGCUGUAAAAAGAAUUUUGUGGGUGUUACCAGAAGUGCAUAGAAUAGUUGCUGCACUGCCUCUUCCUUACUGAGUGCACUUCCACCACACUUACCUCUGCCUAUUAACCUCUGCCCGUGGUGCUUCCUGUAGCUUUGCUCCCAAAGAGAUGUGAUCUCUGACUGGAGCAGCCAAAGCAUGAAAUGACAGGAAGCCAAUCAGAUAUGAGCUGUGAUGGGAGCAGCCAAAAGCCAACAGCAGAGGGAGAGCCAGAGGUUGCCUGAAGCAGUAAGCAGAGGGAGAAUUUGUGAAAGAUUGCCUCUUUAGAAAUGUUGCAAUAUUGAUUCCAGAGACACUCUCCUUAUGUGAAAAUAUGAGAUCAUUCCAUCAGACUGUGUGAGAAAAUUAAUGAUUUGGCAGAUGGUAAUAGUUGUAUUGGAAUUUGUUUUCUGUUCAUCAGCAAUUGAUGAGACAACUGACAUAGCCAACACUGGCCAGUGGCAAUUUUGUGCAUGGAAAUGUCAUCAGAUUUUGAAACUAGAGAGGACUUGCUCGCUUUGUGGCAGCAAUGAAUGAUGCUGCCAAAGGAGAAGAUACCUUUCAGAAAGUUAUGUCUGCAGUCCAACAGAUGGACUGAUGUUUAAGAACCUUAGUGGCCUUGCCACAGAUAGAUCACUAACCAUGGCGAGAACUCAGAAAGGAUUGUUUGCCCUUAUUAAGAAAGUAAUAUAGUGCUAUAGUGGUGACACAGGUGAGUUAAUUGUGUGUCACUUAAUUACCCACUAGGAGAACCUGUGCACAAAACUUGCCUCUGAGAUGUGUGAUAACAACAGUUGUUUCAUGUAUUAAAUUUACUAAAAUAACUUAAAGUACUUUCUUUCUUCAGGUAAAUUAAAAAAGAAAAACGAAGAAACAACGGAAAGGUAUUUAAGAACUUUCUGUGAUUUUAAAUUUAUUUUACAAGUAUAAUGAAAGAAACAUAACAUUAAUUUGCAGUGAAUUAUACUUACUAUUGUGCCUUCAGUAUAUGAGGGAUUAUGGCCUAUCUAAUGAAAAUAUAUGUACAUAUUUAUAUUUAGUGAUAUCCGGCUAGACUUCCUUAGGUAAGAUGCCCUUGUAUAUCAAAAGUACAAAAGUAACAAAUCUUGAUUACAAUCUAACUGUGUAAAAAAAUUCAAAAUAUCAAAUGUGUAGAAGCAGCGUUUUAUUCUAAAUACGUUCUUUAAAAGGAUGUUUUAAUGCAUGUUUCAAUAAUGUGUGUUUCUUUUCAAAUGAAAUAAUAAUCUCCUGAAAAUGUUUUUUCCCCCUUUGUAGCCCACAAUCCAUAAAAGAAAGCCCGUUGGAAGAGCUUACUAAGUAUUUUGGAAUCAAUGAUAGGUUUAAAUCAAUUUCAAGCAAGGAAGCCCCUCCAAAGGUGACUUACUAUACCAAACUCCUAACUUUAAUAUGUAUACUUUGUUAUUUUCUGAAUAAAAAAAUAGGCAUAACUUACUCAUACCUUUGAUAUGCUUUCUUCCAAAGUUACUUUCUGAAGAGCAUUUCUCUCUUUCUCUGGAAUGUUAUAUUUGCAACUUGUGUUUUCCAAGCAAUUGUUCACAACAAGCAAAUACAAUGGUACCUUGGUUUACAACUCUAAUCCGUUCCGGAGGUCCGGUUGUAAACCAAAACAGGUUGUAACCCAAAGCGCGCUUUUGCCAGUGGGGCCUCCCCCCCAAAAUUGGUUGUAAUCCAAAAAAAGGGACACACACUUCUGGGUUUGAUGUGGUUGUAAUCUAAAACAGUUAUAAUCCAAAGCGGUUGCAAACCAAGGUACCACUGUAUCACAAAAUACUGUUCCUCAUUAUGGUAUUUGUCCAGCUGCUGGAGUUGAUGUCUACCUUACAACUGCACCCUCUGGCCUGGGAACCUUUGUUUCCCAAUCCUAGAUUACGUGAGACACUGUGGUUACUAUAUCUAAAGACUGAGCCUGCGGUGUUUCAUAGAUGCGCUUCAGACGUACUGUAGAGGAGAUGUUGGUGUUGCUUUAAGUAUUUGUGAGUCAACCAAGAUUCAGACUGAAAUUACAGAAAAGUAGAAAGAUCUCCAUCUUCAUACAAAAAAACCCAAUAUCUUUUUCUUACAGAAUAGUCCUUUAGAGCGUUAACUUAUAAAAAUGCCUCCUCACAAAUAAGUCCCAUUUAGUUAAAUGGAGCUUGCUCCCAGAGAAAUGGAUAUAAUAUUGAAAUCAAUGGGACUAAAGCAUGCUUAACUUCCUCUCGAUCCAGCCCAUCUAUGGCCAAAGAACUUUGUUCCAUUUGGUGUGUUUGGAAUAGGAGUAUAAUGAGUCAAGCUGCCCUGGUAAUAAAUAACACUUUAUUUUCUGCUAGCCUUACAUUAUUUGUGUUGCAUCUUACAAAAGCCCUAGAAUGUUUAUUAAUGAUCAGUAACAAAUUAUUUGUUUUCUGCUAGCAAUAGAUAACAAAACAGAUGGAGUGACUAGCAAAUGUAUGUAAAAAUAAAUGUAAGCAAACUGAGAUGCAGUGAAUACCUUCUUAAUUGGAAGAUGACAUUCUUCUAGUAAAGUCUUGACACAUCAACUUGUAAUCAGCAUUCUAGUUCCUUCCCCUCCCCUCAGAUAUAUUACAAAUAGAGUGUUCAAGAAAGAUGAACCUAGAGUUUCAGGGCAGAAAUCUAUUACAUUAUUAUUAUUGCAUUCAUUAGUGGGCCUUCAUUUGUAAAUGUUAACUCAAGACAAGUUAGGAUUUGCCUGUGUUAUUAAGGCUCAUUCUUAUUGCUUGUUUUUAGAAAUUAAAAAUGUAGUCCUCUCUUCCUUUAUAGUUGACAAUUUGCAGGCUUGAAUUCAGUAAUAUGGUAAAGUGACAGCAUGCCAGAAUUCAUUUUUUGGAUAAAGAUAAGAUCUAAGAAUUGUGAAGACGCAGUGGUAAUUGGCAUUCUUCAUAUAUUUGACACAUACACAUAUUCAGGGAAGCUCCAGGGAUGGAACAGAUAAGUCAGAUAUUGAGAUAAAAUUUUAUUGUGACAGGCAUAAACUAGCCCAUGUAAUUUUUUUAAAGUGCUGUAUUUAUCCAACACAUAAGGUGGAACUAAUACAAUGAUUUCUUCUCAAACAACCAUUCUGUGAAUAUCUAUGUACUUUAAACUACUUUCCAAAUACAUCCUGUAUGCGAUUUGUUACACACAGAAAUUACAGCUCUGCAAGUGAAUAUGGUUUUGUACAUAUUGUGCUACAUUUCUCCUGAACGUGUUUUUGCAAUGUCCAGUUGAUAUUCUACUGGGAACUUUCCUUUUUGUCUUGAUAUUUCUUCCAGUCUGGCCUUGAAAUCAGCAUAGACAGAUCUUUGGCUGAAGGAGAUAUUGCACAAGCCGAGGAACUAAGUGAUAGAUUAGCUACUCGAGAGGUAGGUUGAGCUUUUUCGAAUAUCUUCACACAAGUCUUAUAAUGUGGAUUAAAAUAUGGUCAUGGGAUUGUUUCUGUUUCCUAAUCCUUUACUUCUUUUUAGGCAGCCCUUUUUUCAGCUAUAGUAUAUGGGGGAAGGGGAUUCUUUGAGAAAUGUUAUGAAUAUAGAAUGUUGUUGGGACAGACAUCACCCUGAAGUCAUUCAGGGGUAAAAUAAACCAUGGAAACAUACCCAGAAAGUAGCCAUCUCUGUGGGACUUCACAGUUAUUUUUAUGUGACAGCAGGUCCUCACGCCUGUUGUUGCUGCUAUUACAUUUUAAAACUCCUCCUCCUGGGGGCUCAGGACAGCAGACAUGGUUCUCUCCCUUCCACCAACCAUUUUAUACCCACAGCAAUUGUGCAUAUCUGAGAGAUAGUGAAUGACCCUGAGUCACCCAGUGAACUCUAUGGCUGAGUAGGGGGGUUUGAACCCAGGCCUCCACACUGCUAGUUCAAAAUUUCACGUGCCUUUGAAUAAAUUGCUGUUAAUACUCAAAGAGAAGGAUUAAAAAGUAUGACAUGUGGUAUGGGAACUGCCAUUAGAAAGUGUAGGGAGGACAAUACCACUGACCUGUACAUAAAGGCCAAUGGAUGCACCAGUCCUGAAAGACCUACAUUGGCUCCCAGUACAUUUCCGAGCACAAUUGAAAGUGUUGGUGCUGACCUUUAAAGCCCUAAAUGGCCUCAGUCCAGUAUACCUGAAGGAGCGUCUCCACCCCCAUCGUUCAGCCUGGACACUGAGAUCCAGCUCCGAGGGCCUUCUGGCAGUUCCCUCACAGCGAGAAGUAAUUUUACAGAGAACUGGGCAGAGGGCCUUCUCGGUAGUGGCACCCGCCCUGUGGAACACCCUCCCACCAGAUGUCAAGGAAAUAAACAACUAUCUGACUUUGAGAAGACAUCUGAAGGCAGCCCUGUUUAGGGAAGUUUUAAAUGUUUGAUCUUUUAUUGUGUUUUUAAAAUCCUGUUGGAAGCCGCCCAGAGUGGCUGGGGAGGCCCGUCCAGAUGGGCGGGGUAUAAGCAAAGUGUUUGGUUUUUUUUGGACUGUACUGAUUCAGGGUGCAAAUGCGGGGUUUCUAUAAUGGUCUUACAUAGGACAAAAAAUGCUCAUAGGUUUAGAAAAAGAAAGAUCAGUUCAUCUGUUGACAAGCUAUUUUUUCUGUGUGCAAGGAGCAUUUUUAGAGGAGACCAUUUAGGGCCCCAUCGGUGACCUGGCGUGAUGUGAUCCAGGAAUAGCUUUGCUGUUUAAUGCUAUUCAUUUUAUAAACUGAUCCCAGUUUGCUGCAUUUUUUAUUGCAAUUAAUAUCUUACACCUUAGCAAAUAAUUGUAUGUUUUAAGGCUUAUGGCAACCAUUCACAAAAAGGUUAAGCUCAAUUAAGCUGCUUUAAAAUGAGUGGAACCUAAGCAAUUUCUCCAAUUGCCCCCUUUGUGAAGAAGAAACAUGGCCAGUGCUGUAACACAUGCUCUUGCUUCCCCAUAAUAAUGUGCAGCAACAUGUUUCAAGUUGGGAUUCUAUUUCUGGACAUCAAUGUGUGAGAGAGAUAAAAAAAGUUUGAGCGCUUAGCUUAAAACAACAGCCCUAUAUAUUAAACUUAUGCUAUGAGCUCCUUUCCUCAGGGAAGGUUGCCUUUCUUUCCAUUUUAAAAAAAAUAAUAGUAUAGUUAUGAGAAUACAUAAGAGUUAUGUUGGAUCAGAUCAUUAUUCUGUUCCCUCAAUGACUAACCAGAUGUCUAGGGAAAACAAACAGCACCUGCACUGGAGGUAAUUCUAAAAAGACAAUAGAGGCAGCACCUGAUAAGUAAUAGGAGGGCGUUCCAAAAGGUAGGUGCCGCCAUGUGAAACCCUCAAUUCUGACAUCGUGCAGAGCAGACCUUAUGAGAUGGUAUCUGCAGGAUGUCUUCUACAGAACACAGUGACCAGUUGGAUAUAUCCUGGACCUAAGCUGUAUAUGAUGUUUUACACUAGUACCAGCACCUUGAAUUUAGCCUGGUAGCUAAUUGAGAGCCAGUGCAACUAUUUCAGCAGCUGUCUAUCACGGUGAUAUUCUGGACAGUGAGCAGCCAAGCAGACACAUACGUAUUUGUACUACCUGUAGCUUGCAGGUCAACUUCAAGGUUACCAGCACAUGGAAAAAAACAUUGGUCAUACUAUCCCAGUCCAUAAACAACCAUGACUGCUUUACCACCCAAAGCUGGCACAAGGAACUCCUAGCCACUGAGGUCACCUGGGUGAAUAGUAACAGGUGGAUCCAGGAACAUCAUCACAGCAUGUAUCUGCUCCUUCAGGGGGAAUAUGACCCCAUCCAAAGCAGGUGGUUGACCAGUUAUCCAGGCUUGGGAACUGUUCGCCCACAGUGCCACCAUCCUGCUAGGAGUCAGUCAGUUGGUUAGCUUUCAUCCAACCCACCACUGAGUCCAGGCACUGGUCUAGCUCUCACAUGGUAUUUACUAAUUCAGAUGUUACAAAGAAAUAGAGCUGGGUACCAUCAGACUAAUAAUACUUCACCCUAGAAGUUACAGCUGGCUCACAUUUAAUGCGUGUCUUGGAGUUUGUGCAGUAAAAGGAACUGACCUUUCACUACUGGGUUUACUGAACUUGUGUGUUGAUGUGUGGAGAGCUAGUUCUUCUUUCCUUACCAUACACCAAAAUUCCUAAAUUUUAGGAGUAUACUCAUAUGUCCUUAAUAUGUGAAAUUAAGGGCAUUUGACUAUAUUUAUUUCACACUGUCUUAAGUCCACAAUAGAAACAGAUACUAUAGGUGCCAAUGACAAAGGGUAACUUAAAACUAGAAGAUAUCACCCAUUUUUAUUUUCACACUAAAUGAAAACCUGGGCUGACCUGUAUUUGUGGGUACAGCUGUUUAACAGUGUGAUGGAAUACGUGUUCAAUGGAUAAGUGUUCUUUGGAAAUCAGGUGUAUAGGUUUUUAAUCAGUGGUAUUUUCUUUUUCAAGAAGCAGUAACUGGAACCUGCUGAUAAAGCCUUUGCUUUGAGGCACAGAUCCCAGAGUCCUUAAAGCUGUUUCCUUCCUUAAUAAGUGAAACUAAUUUUUGAUGUAUAACAUUUAUAAGCCUGUGAAACUGAUAGAACAGCAUCAGUAUUGGGGAGGAGGAGGAGAGCCAGAAAUAAAAAAGAUGGCUAAAAAGAGGCUAUGAAAACAUGCUUUUAAAAGCUAGGGAAUGCCAAAACGUAGUCGUCUAUCAUUCUCUCACAGAGAGAACCAAUUUUUAUAGAAUGGGGUUGCCUCAAAUAAAAAAGGGAUGUAAAGAAUGUACAUAAUCUAGAGCCAGGCAGUGUAGAAUGAGCAAUAUAUAUUUUUGAGAUAUGGGCAAUUAUUUGGCUCUCUGCAAUGGGGCACUUGUUGCAGUUGUAGUUGGGUGCAGGCAGUUAUGUUGUGGUACUGCUCUAUUGUUUUUCAGGUGUUUAGUGUUCUGCUGAUGCAAUAGAGUGUGUCAAUAAAUAGUUUGAUAUCCAUAGGGCUGUGGGUAUCUGCCUGCAGACACUUGGAAGAGUCUUAACUGUAAACUGUAAACUUCUAGUAUCAUCUUGAAUUGUCUUGCUAAUUUCUAUUUCUCCCUGAGAUUAUGGGAUCAUGGUGGACUUGGUUAGAAUAUCUGGUACACAGACAGCAACCAUUUUAGGCACAUCAAAUUUAUGCCCAAUCACUGAUGCAUGAGUCCUUUUGGACCCAGAUGAGAGGUGGCAGAACAGUGUGGGGCAUCCUUGUACAUGCUCUGCUGUCACCUGUGGGGGCCUGGGACAGAACUGCCACAUGAAAUAACCGUCACCUGCAGUGUUGUCAGUGCCUAGUUAUAACAUGGAUUAUGUUGUAUGAGACUUGAUUGCACCUGUUUGUGCUGGUAGAAAUUUCAGUCAUGUUCACAAAGCAAGGGGGCAAGAUUACUGUCAGAUUCACUGAUGUUUCCAUGUAUGUCUCCAACAUCAAUAGAAUGAAAUUGUGGUAGCAGUUAAUGAGGGACUUCAUCAACAGCUGUUCAAAAAUCUUGGUAUAUAAUUCCUACUAGCUUGUCCCUGUUCUCAUGUUUGAUGACACUCUCAAAGAACUCUAAAUGGUUGGUGAAUUUGGAGAAUCCAUUCUGAUUGUUCCGCAUUAAAGCUUGUUCUUCUAUAUAUUUGAAGAUUCUAGCUUUAGUAAUGCUUUCCACCAGUUUACGUGAGACAGAUUCAGAAAUAGUUCUCUGCAUAAAAUUAUCAGGUUUCCUUCAUGAUCAAUAUAUUGUGAAACAGUUUCUUAAAAUCCCUUACUUAAAUCAUAAAACAAUAUUCUUCAAAAGUAAUAUGCAGGAAUUCUCCCUUGAGGGUCAAGAUGCACAUGGUUCAGAGAACUGAGCUGGCAAUGUAAUUUUAAUUGUUAAUAUUUUGUGAAAGUUGUGGGUUGUAGCCAGAAAGUCAUAUUCAGAGUAAUCAAAAUAAAUGGACUUAGGUGUAUUGAAUACAGUGGGUCUAAUCUGGAGUAUGACUUACGGUAGUUGGAUGCAACCCAGUAGGCUUAAAACUUUGCUUUGAUUUCAUGUGCUGUUCUUAUUUAUAACGGCUUGGACUGUGCUCACACAGCAUGAUUUACCCAACCUCUUCAUCUGUGCUGCAGCCUCAAGCAAACCCCAAAAAGCUACUCUUGAGGGUCCAGAAUGACAUGAGAUGAGGUGUAGGGAACUGCAGCAGGAAGGGGAAUUGGUGGGAAUUAGAGGCCACCUUAAAUCUAUGAAAGUGUCUUCUGCUUGUGCAAGUUCACUUUUGGAUCCAAGCCAAGUUAAGAAUGCAGAAUAAUUAAGCUAUAGCUAAAUUAUGUGAGGUUUCUUGUUAAUCUUGGGUGUCACAGAAAAUCGUACUACAAAUUAUUCAUUUACAUAAUUAUUCCUUUGGACGUGCUAAGAAAUUUAGAAUUCCUGAAUUAUACUGGCCAUAUAAAAGAUACCCCAUUUUGCAACCUACAGAAAGGCUUUAACAAGUUGUUAUUAAUCAGUGUAACUUUGAUUAGUUUAAAUUAAAUAGAUUGUUAAAGAACACUUUUACAUCUCCGUGAAAACCUCCUGACUCUCUGGGCUGCUUAACAAUUCAUGUAUUUAAAUAUUUUCUGAGUACUGUACAGGACUGACUAUUAAAUAAUUUGAACACAUUUUCUUUUAAGCAGUAUAGUCUGUGACCAUUUUUUAAAAGCUUAUACAGCAGCAUACUUACAUAUCUGCUACUGAUGAAUUCCCCGCAGCUUGGGUCAGCAGGGCCCACCUUAAACAAAUAAGUUUGGAUUGGCCUCAAAUCUCCUCUGCUCUAUCACAUUCCCAAUGUCUCCCCAUCACCCCUCUUCCCAAAUGCUGGGCCUGGGCAGGGAAGGUAGAGCUGCUUUGCCCAGCAGUGUCCAUUGCUGCAAGGAAGCAUGGAGCUACAGUUUCCAUUCCUCCUGGAUUAUCAUCCAGGCAUUCAGCCGGAAGCCUCUGCUGUUGGGAAGUCUACCUGUUGGGAAGUGGCUGGGGAAACCCAGGCAGAUGGGUGGGGCAUUAUUAUUAUUACUAUUAUACCUGCCACUGGUGCUAUCUCCUUCAUCAAAGUGAGGUCGAGAAAAAGGGGCUCCUGGUGGUGUGUAUUGGCAAAGACUGAUGGGAAUGACUCUCUAGGAAGGCCUCCAGCAGCCAAGGUUUUUCAAGGAUCCAAAUGGAGCUUACAUAGCAGCUCAAUUCCCAAUACAGUGGAGCCUUGGUUCUCGAACUUAAUCAGUUCCGGGAGUCCGUUCAACUCCAGAAACCAUUCAAAAACCAAGGCGCGGCUUCUGAUUGGCUGCAGGAGCUUUCUGCACUCAAGUGGAAGCUGUGUCAAACGUUUGGCUUCCAAAAACAUUCGCAAACCAGAACACUUACUUCCAGGUUUACGGCAUUCGGGAGCUGAUUUCUUCGUCAACUAAGCCAUUCAAGAACCAAGGUUCCACUGUAGUUGGAGAACUUCUCUGCUGCUCUGCUCAUAAGUGACUCAUGAUUCACAACUUGUGUAAUUUUGUAUGGCAAGCUUGAUAACUCAGUGUCAUCACUAUAGCUUUAGUUUUCCUUCAGUAUUUAAACUGCUGAAGAAAAAUAUUUUUAUUAGUAGUGGUACUUUAAUUCUUCUAUCAUUGAAAUUUGAGUGGUUACUUGUUUACUAUGUGUGAAAGAUCUCCUGCCCGAUCCACCCUCAAAAUACUUAAUAUCAAAAGUUUUUCAGUUACCUUGUGAUUUAGUUCCUUUGCUCUGUUUUGUAAUAGUGCAUUAAAAUUAGGGCAGUAACUUAAAGAGCAAAAGGCCCUGCCAUUUCUGACUUUUCCUGUGCUAUCAUUCCAUUUGUUCACCUAGUAGUUUGGGCCCUUUAGUGUAAGAGAUUUCACAAACAAUAAUUUGUAUGUUCUUGUUUUAAAUUUGUUCAGAUGAUUCAUGAUAAUAAAUAUUAUUUUAAAGUGUUCAGUCAUUCCUGUACUAUAGCCAAACUAGUAUGUUUACUCUUCCAUCAUUCUAAAUGUGUUCGAUUGAUUUUUAUUGCCCUCUCUCUGAUCCAGUCUGCUAAUACUUAAAUGAGCAGUCAUUAAAAAAAGGGGGGGUCAAUUUUGAUGAUUGUGCGCAGUAGGCAUGUGGGUAGUGUUGUCUUCAUAAGGUUUUCCUUCUGUACUUUUAAAGCCCCAUUUUAAAGGGAUUAAUAGUUGUCAGAUCCUACAGAGAUCCUUAUAUUCAAUGAACACAUGGGGCAAAGUCUGGGAGUUAUACCUACAGAAGACCCACUGAAAAUGAAUGACUGAUGCUCUUUGCACAGUCUCUAUAAUUUAUGUAGCAGAUCAACUUCAUUUCAGAUUAUUUUUCAUAGACACAGUUGAUACACUGUACAGGGAAUGGAUGUGUUGUUGGCCAUUGCGAAUAGAGUUGGCAGUUUCCAGAAUCACAUACAAAAUGUUCAGUAAUACUUUACGUGCUCAAAGAAAUUAAAAAUAUAUAUUAAAAAAUGUAGAACAACCAUGUACAAUUUAGAAAUGCCUUUUAAUGUUAAUGUGCUGGGGGAAAUAAAGACAAAUACAAUAUAUUUGUGGCUAAUUCUUCUGCCUUUCUAGUGAAGGUGUUUCUGAGUUUCUCUUCAAUGAGGUUGUUUUCUCUUAACCUUUAGUAUAUGACAGGGGUUAUCACCUAGGAUUAUAUUCAUAUGCUCUCUUAAUUAUGUAUAUCUUCUUUUUAACAAACCUUUAAAAAAGAUUUCAGAUGUUACAAGUCUAAUUAAAGAGACAAAGCACAGUUUAUACUGUAGAUUUUUUUCUGCAGUUCAAUUAAUCAGCAUGUUUUCUCUUUUAAUUAAAACCAUUUUAGUAAAUUAAAGCCCACAGCAAAACACAUAUAUAAUUUGUUUGUAAUUAGCUCUUAAUUGGUGGUAGUUGAAGCUUAGCACCCUUGGUUUCUUUCUUCAUGAUUGCCAUUUUAUUAGCAGCCAGUCAUUAAUUAAUCUUUUUUUCUAAUUAGCUUAUAAAACUGUUGAUGGCACAUUAUUGUAAAUGUGAUUUUAAGUUCAAAGCUUGUUAAUAAGCUUUCUUACUUAGAAGAACAGAGAUAAAGAAAUUGCUGAAAACAGUACUACAGUUCUUUUUUUUAAAACAGCCUUUCUUACAAGGGGACUGUGUAAAACAUCUAACAGCUUAUGGUUAAUUUUUAAUGCUGUUUCUUAUGAAUGGAAGAAGUUACUUGCAUAUAAAUAUUUGAAUCUAAAACAAAGCUCAAAUAUAGGAACAGUUUUUAAUGUCCAUGCUAUAUGACAGAGUCGUCCACAUAUACAGUAAUUUGAUGAUUUAAUACUCCUCUAUAGAAACCCAACAAAGGUAUUACAAAGUAUUUUGUACUAGAAGUUGAACAAAUCAUUGACAGAAGACCAUUCUCACUUGAAAAUCCACUCAAUAUUCUUGUUUGCUUUAUAUAGUUAAUAUACAUCAGCAAUGGAUAACAUUCCACAACAUAAAAGGGGAAAAUCAUAGCCGCGGGCAGAACCUGAAAUAACUAGAUUCAUAUUUGAUGAGAAACUGUAAUAUAGUAUUAAAAGGCUGUUUGGUUUCUCUGAUAGACCACAGGAUGCUUCAAGACUUGUUAGAAUAGAGAUGUUCUUUUAAAACCCCUUUGGGUUUAGCCUUUUAUAGAACAUGCCUACAUAUGACAUUUCUGAAUCCAGCCUUGAAUGUCCUAGAGAGUAUGUAUUUUAUAAUGGGGUCUUUGAAAUAAAUCUUUAUCUUUUGGUGGACUUUCAUUCCACCAGCCCAGAGGCCCAAGGUGGCACCCAAAAGGUGAAAUAAUGUAUAAACCUAACCACCAAAUAUAAUAAUACAAAAUCUUAAAAGCAAUACACAGCUCAAAACAGAGGCAUCAGUCAUUGGUCACUAAAGACCAGCCUAAGCAAAAUAGCUCUGCCUUGCUUCCGGAAGAAAGCCAGACGUACUCAGAGAUGCUUCCAAGAGGAAAUGAGCUCCAUGGCUAGGCAGUUGCUGUGCAGACAGCUUGCUCACUUGCCCUCAAUGUUCUAACUUGGCGCAUGAACCAUGAGAGCAUCUUCAGCGGAUUUCAAGGGCUAUGGUGGGUCAUAGAUGGUUCCCCUCCAAACAUUUCAUCAAGCAUCUCAAGAUUUAUUUGUUUUUGUAACGUUUCCUGAAGUUGCAGUAAACACAUUUUGCAGCUUUUAAGAUCGUCUAUUUUCCUCUCUCUCCUUCAACUUUAUUUACUAUUUCAAACUUCAGCCAUUCCUUUGCUUCUUCUUCUUCUUCUUCUUCUUCUUAAAGGGUUUUAUGAUGCUGUGCAAGAAACACUAGAAAGGGAUAGCUGACAAGGAAAAAAUUAAAAAUUGGAUAAAAAGUAAAUGAAUAAUGUCAUAUUACUAAAAAGAUGAGAGGCUAAUUUGUGCCGACUUUUUGCUAAUUUUGUUCAAGCCUCAAAAUGAGGAGCUGUCACCCGUUCUGUGUAGCACUGAUGACAGUGCCAAUGAUCCAUGAAAUAAGCUGCCGCUGGCUUUGUUCUGAUAAGAAUGAACAAAUCUGCACAAUGUACGGCUCCCUGAAUCUCAUUUUCAUACUUGCAUGCAGGCUAAAAGAAAUAAGCUGUUUGCAGGCUUGAUUAAUCAGACAUUUGAGGGGGUUUUGUCUCUUUGAUCUCUUUCGUCUCCUAGGUAACUUGCUUGACAUUAAUGUUGAGCUUGAGUAAAGACAAUCAGGAAUUGUAGACCAAACUGAUAUAAAAAUUAAAGACCUUAGCACUUUAAGUACUUCAGUAAUGGUUCCGCUUUACUUCAGAAAACAUCUGUUUUCAUUUAAUUAAAGAACAAAAGCGAAUAGCAUAAAUAUUUUUCAUAGAAACCUGUUAUUCCACAAAAAAAGUUUUAAGUAUGAAAAUUGGUAUUUCUAAAAAAAUAUGUGCCUUCAUAUGGUUUGGCAAGAAAUGAGGACCCAGGUAUUCUUCAUGGCUAUACAGGUUUUUUUUUAAUGAAAAAUAAUGGAUAGCAAGUUUGCCGUUAUGCUGUAUUAAGCUGCAAGAGCAAGAUUUUUAAAAUGAUUAUCUAUGAACUUAAAUUAGAAUGAGUUUGCCCCCUAGAAAACUAACUUGAUUUUAAAAGUUUGUCUCUGAAAAAUGUGUACUACAUUACAAGGAUGAGCCAUAAUAUCUACAUUACUUCCCAAUAUGAUUUACACACUUUAAACCUAUAAAAUUGAAAGGAUUUUUUUUUAUAAAAAAAAAUGUCGCAGUGCGUUUGCUUGAGGUUAUGCAGACGCUUUUACAAAUCUUCCAAGUGGCUGUAAAGAUGAAUGCCUCAAGGGUCUAGCCAGGGCCCUGCUUUUCCAACCAGCUAAAGCCCUUAUCUUAAAUCCAAGCAAAGUACCAUUAAUCUUUUUGAAAGACCUUUUAUGGCUUUUAAUAUAUCCCAAAUUAGAACAUUUUACACCCUUGGUUCCUGAAAUGUGGUGAUAAAAAGCCUUUAGAGCUUAAUUUUCCUUACUGCGUGCUCUGACCAAUUUGCAGUUCUUUGUGAUAAUGUUUAGACACCUUAAUUAAAAUGCAGCAAAAUAUUGGAUGUUCUAUAUGGAAAAUGCUGAUACUUUGACUACACAAGAAAUUGUUGUAUGUAUUUUUAUUCAUGUUUUAUUGCUUCUUACAACAUUGUAUUUUGCUGUAUUAUCUGAUGGCCUGAAACAUUUUUUAAAAAAUAAAUAUAAAACCCAUUGACCAAGAUUUCAGGGGCUUCUGUUAGGAAAGGAAGUGAGGCUGUAUGUGAGGGUGUGGAUGGGAGGGCAGUAUGCUCACACUUGAAUCAGACAUGGCUGUGUCUGCUUUAUUCACUGCAGAUUCGUCCUUUAGAAGUUGCAUCAAUGCAGUCCUUGCACAAUAACAUUAAGUCUGCAAAAUGGUUCUCUAUCCCGUUCUUUGCAAUAGUACGGGCUGCUUUAGCCCAUUCUAGAACCAUGCUUUGCCAAGUCUGUGUUACUUUACUCCAAAGAUAUCCAAAGAAAGAGGCAGCAAUCCAGAGAAUUUAGCCAGGCCUUAUUAGCCGGGCAAACAAGUGCAAGCUAGCUAAUAGUGGGUAAGCCACAUCUGUGGUUACAGUGCCCAGAUCAGGGUUAGAAGCUUGCGGGCAUCCUAAGUACUUGAGUGAGCUUUAUAGUUGUUCAAAAUGGCAGAAAUUAAUAAAUGGGUGUUCUGGGAUAUAAAAGGGGGUAUCGGGGCGGUUAAAAAAAUACUGCUCUUCUUAAAAAACAGUAACUUUUUAGGCUUUGCAGUGCUUUAUUUAUUUACUUAAACGGCUUGAUUGUCAGAAAACCUAAGCGGUUUCCAAAAAUAUAAUUAUAUGUUAUAUGCUGGCAGGGUUUCAGUCAUGUCAGCAAGAGUGCUGUAGCGUUAUACACUAUCCACAGCUUUCGGAUCAAGCACAAGCCCCACAUAGAGUGCAUUGUAGUAAUCCAAUCUUAAUGCAUAUUCCUAGGUUGCUGUAUGAAUACAAAUCCUGAGCCGUGAUGCUAAUUAUCUAUGUUCUAGUUAAAACAUAGUUCAUUCCUUGGGCAACUUACUUUUCUAUUCCCAUUAAUUUCUUCAUUCAGCCCUGUUUUAUUUAUCUUUCAAAUGUCCUACUUUUUUCAGUGAUGUUGCUAUAAUAGUGUCAGUGACUUCACCCAAUUUUUGGCAUAGGUUUUGUCUACCUCUCAAGAUAAUCUCACCAAACUCUGCAUGAGUGUUCCCGGAGUGGGGGCAGCAAUCUUUGUUUAUAUUUGAAAGCUGGGCACCAUUUUGAAUCAAGAUGGUGGAAAAAAAUCAUGACUUCACCAGAUUUUUGAUGUGAAGAAUCCAGACUCACAAAUUACACUAUGUAUUUUAAAAUCACAAUAUUUUUUAGUUUCUAAAAGUUCCCAGGCACUCCCUGCUAGUAUGUGUAUAUAUGGAAUUAAUAAAUAUACAUAUAUUCAUAUGUGUAUACCCCACCCCACCCUGCUUCUCUCCACAGUCACCUCUGUUUCUUUCCUUUGGCUCCUGCUGUCCUCUGUCAUAUGUCAAAUGGCAUUUUCAAGUUCAGAAGAAGCAUGCCAUAGAAAUACCAGUUGCAGGGGCACAACAGCAGUGCUGGAGACGGCUAGCUGUUCCUUUCAUGCCAUGUUUAUGGGCUUCUCACUCUGGGAAACAGGAUGCAAGACUUGAUGGGUCCUUAAUCUAGCAGCACUCUUACAUUAUUGUGGUACAUCACUGGCAACUAUGUAGGUUACCCCUGAGUUUGGUUAGUAACUUGGCUGAAUCAUUGUCCUUCAACACAUAUAGAACCUCUCUUUGUGGAUCAGUUGGAUCCCAGCCAUUGUAUGUAUUCCGUCAGACACUGGUUCUCCGAUAACCCUGAAUGAGUGGUCCUUGGAUUUGUUUAGCGUAGGUUUAACUCACAGCUUAAAACUACAAGAAAAAGCUAACCUGCCAUGGAUUUGUUAUCUAUUGUCCUCGUCACACUGAACACAUUUACUGAGAGAAUCUGAAUACUGAGAUAAACUUUAUUUGAAUUUAAUAUUUCUGCUAUUCAGAGUGGCUGGGGAAACCCAGCCAGAUGGGCGGGGUAUACAUAAAUCAUCAUCAUCAAAUACUAUUUUUUCAGUUGAUUUUAUUUUUUAUUUCUUUUUGUUGUUGAUGACGUCUUGUUGUUAUUGUGACCAAAAAAUAUUUGGUUGUAGCUACCUUGUGGCCUCUAAAGGUGGAAAAGCAAAGUAUAAAUGUUUUAUGGAAAUAAAAUAUCUGAAAUGGUGGGGGGAAUCAUCUAAAAACCCAAGAAAAUUGAGGGGAUCCUUUUUCCUAUGCCUAUGCAAAGCCUGGAAAGCCCUAGUGGUGCAUCCUAAGCACUCAAUUUAAAAAGUAUAAAGAAGGCAUGAAUAGUCAUAACAGUAUAUCCAUUCCUGCUCAACUUCUAGAGAACAUGUGCUGAAAUGAAACUUCACAGCAACUUUGACUCUAAUAGAACAGCUAUUAUGUUGUUUUUACAUUAUCCCACCUCAUUUUCAAACUGGGCCAAAACUAAUUUGAUUUCCCAUGAUUUACAUCAUGGUGGUUGGCUGCUAGGCAAAUAAUGAGCUUUUUUUUCCACUGAAAAUCAGAACAGGCUUCACCUUCAUUCCACCUGUUGCUGAACAUAAUGUACCCAGAAAUGUUCCAUAGUAGAUGCAGGACAGUUGAGUCAGGUACAAAUGCUAAAAAUCUCUCAGACAAAGCUGCUUGAAAGGGGUGUUCUUUUUGUCUCCUGUGAACUCACUUGCUUAUGUUCUUCUCUCCUUAGCUUGGUGUGAAAAUUUCCAAAGCUGUUGCUUGUCGAAAUUUUGUGAAAACAAAGCAAGAUGCAGAAGCUUGUCAAGAAGCCCGGAAGAAAAAGAAGCUUGCAUGGGGGUGGGUCAUUGGCCUUCUAUAUUUAAGACUAAUAGAGAUUCUGAGUAAAAUGUUUUCUGCCUUCAGAUUGGCUUCUACUAAUCCUUGUUUGCUUAAUUUGACCUUGGCUUUUUCCUUGAGUAGUGCAUCUGCUUAAUGUAGAGUCUUUACUACAGCUGAUACAUUAUUCAAAUGUUUAUACUUUCCCUUUUGUGAUUGCUAGAGUAUUAAAAAUCUAGUUCCAAUAUAGCCAUUGCUGCUAAAUGAAAUUUGAUUGAAAACUCCCUAAAGUGUACUUUGGUAGAUACUGACAUACGUUUGUUUUUUUGUUUUUUUUCAGGUUUGAAGCCAAGAAAAGAUGGGAAACUAAAAGCAACAUGGGAUACAUGUAGUUAGUUGUGUCUUGGAAGGGGUGGGGGGGUGACAUUUAAAUCUGAGGGGAAGUGUUUGUUAAUAUUGAAGAUACAUAAAUUAUGUUUUUCAUUGGGUUUUAUUUCCAUUAGUUGUGCAGCUGGGGGAAUCACCGUUGAGUAAUUUAGGCUUGCAUUCCAUACUCUUAAGUAUCUCUGGUAUGUCUCGAAUACACUCUCUUUCGCCCUGGAAACAUAUCCAAUUUAUUUCCUUUCAGAUAUUCUAAAGAUUUAAAUCUCUCGUUUGCCAUGUAACUAUUAAAAUACAGUCUAGGGGAAAAAAAUCUGUCUUAAUUUUUUCAGUUAUUUAUUAACAUCAAAAACAAUCUUUAUUUACAAUAAAACACAGUGUUUGGAAAGCCUUGUUUUUACAUAAUAAUGAGACCAGGCAAUGAUAAUAGUCCCUCAAAACAAAACCGCAAGCAAAUUAGCAAUAACUCUCACCCCCACCACGUUUCUUCAAAUGUCAGUCACCUGUAUGAGAGUUAAACUGGUAAAUUUCAUUUACUAUUAAGCGAGAUUGAAAUAUUAACUUAAUGGUGAUUUAUAAUAUUUGAGUACUUUGAGCUAAAACAUGGUGCCAAGAAAUAAUAAUUUGAAGGUUUAUGACAAGUCCAGAGUUUUCUGUCCCAAUAUGGAGUAGUUCUUGCUUGUUUGGUAGCCCUGAGGAUGUUUGAUUUUCCCUCUUUCACAUGGAACACUAUAUUUCACAAAAUGAGCGUUUUCAGUACAGUAAGCUAAAGUCAACUGUAAUUAGUUAUAUUGACAGUUAAAUGUGCAGCAAAGCCUGUAAAUCACUGGCCCAACAGGUUUGUACCACAAAGCCCCAUAAAUCAGCCCCAUAUUCUGUACUCAGGGACUGUUUUCGGAGGGGUUUUUGUUUAGCAAAGAGAGGAAGCGAGUAUUGUCGAGACUCUUAAAGCCUCAACAAACUUUGCUAUCAAACAAAGUGGGCCUCUUAACUGUCCCGUAUGGGCUGAUAAUGCCCAAAUAAAUGUUAAUAAGACAUUUAUUUAGGCAUACCACAGCCAGUAUUAAUAAUAUUGCCAACGCAUGAGGGCUUGCUUUUUUUAAUAUUUCCAAGCCAUCUUUUUUGUCUUCUGCUUCUCCAAGGUGCAGUCCUGCAAAGAUUGCAUACCUGUAUGCAUGUAGAGAAGGACUUGUGCAUAUAAGACUAAGGAGCAUGAGAAAAAUACUGAAAAGGGAAGUCAAGUACUAGAGUAUAUGAGGCAAUUGUGGAUAUAGGUGGGUCGACCUAGUAGUAGCAGCAGUGGGCAAGGUUAGAAUUAUCCCUUAAAGUCAAGAGGCAGACCUUAACACGCAUCAACAGCCUUCCCUCCCCUCCCCCAAAACUUGGCAAGAGCUACUAAGGUCUUGUGGCACUGAGCCUGGAGCAGAAGCAGCCAUGCUGUGCUCACAUCAUGUGUUUAUAUGAUGGAUCCUGCGUUUGACAUGAGAGAUCAGUUUACUUACAGGACUACUGUUUGCAUCUAGCCCCCAUGCUAAAGCACCUCUAGCUAUCAUGGGCUACAGAGGAUAAGAUUUCGCAGGCACAGAUGGUAAUAAAGAUGAUAGUAAAGAUGGCAUAGAUCUGACUAGGGAAGUAAAUAAAAAGAAUACCGGUAAUUUCUUAGACUGUGCUGUUGACAGCAUGCACAGUUAAGGACUAUGGAUGAUAUAGGAUAAAACGGGGAUAGUUCCCUCUGGAAUCUGAAACAGGUGCAAGUGUGAGAUUACCUGAAUGUCUUUGCCAUUUAACUUGCAGAAAAUGAUAUUUGAGAAAGGGAUUCAUUCUUUUUAUCGGACUAAGAAGAAACUACAGUAACAAAGCAUAGCUUGCCAUGGUUAGCUGCUAGCCAAAUGAAAUAAGGUGCCAAAUUGUACUUCAAAAGGCCGUCAAGCUGCAUAGAAAAGUGAAUUCCACACUGAAGACAUAAAUGAUAGGUACUGGAUGGUCAACGGCAAUAACGCAGUGCAGAGCCAAAAUACUUUCUCUCCCCCAUUCCAUCCAACUUUGGCUCCCUAUUCACAGAUUGCAAAGUAGCUGGCUUUUAAACAUGCAAAAGUCCCAUCAAGUGACUUUGCCCCGUUUUUAAGUCCCAAGCUGAAGUACCAGUGGCAAGAGUUGCGGAAAGGUCAAAACAAUAUGCUGAAACCAGUAUAUUUAUUGUGGUCAAAUGCAUCACCAAAAAACCAAAGGAACAGAAGUUGUCCUGGCUCUGGUAAGAGUUGGGCACAGAGUCUCCACCAAUCAGUAUCUAUUGAGGAAGAGGUCCCACUCAUGUGCGUACCUUGUACUGCUCACUAUUGAUCAUACCUUGCUGGAGUCUCCACAGUUUUUCUGUAUACCCAUUUCUCUGCUCUGAAUUUAGCCUCAGUUGUAGAUGUCAAUGCUGAUCUGCACAUUCUAUUCUGCUUUAUGAGCUCUAGUGCAGGCUUCCUCAACCUUGCCCCUCCAGAUGUUUUUGGCCUACAACUCCCAUGAUCCCUAGCUAGCAAGACCAGUGGUCAGGGAUAAUGGGAACUGUAGUCUCAAAACAUCUGGAGGGCCAAGGUUGAGGAAGCCUGCUCUAGUGCCUGGCUUUUUAAUGCCUUUGAAUUACUGAACGCAAGGUGCUGAUGAAAUAAUGCUCCUGAGUUUGUAAUAAAACCAGUGUGUGGCAUAAUGUGACAUAACUGUCACUGUGCUAUACAGUGGUACCUCGGGUUAAGAACUUAAUUCGUUCCGGAGGUCCGUUCUUAACCUGAAACUGUUCUUAACCUGAGACACCACUUUAGCUAGCGGGGCCUCCCGCAGUCGCCGUGCCACCGCUGCGAGAUUUCUGUUCGCAUCCUGAAGCAAAGUUCUUAACCCGAGGUACUAUUUCUGGGUUAGCAGCGUCUGUAACCUGAAGCAUCUGUAAUCUGAAACGUCUGUAACCCGAGGUACCACUGUAAUUGUCCUACUUGCCUACUUAUGUUGUCUUUCUUUUUUUCUUCCAAAAGAAAUAGAAAAGCAUAGGAAAAUAUGUUUGGCUUAAGACUGAUAUCAGGCCUAAAGCAACUAUUUGUGUUUCUAGAAAUAGAAGAUUGACCUAUGCUAUAGUAAAAGUUUUAAAAACACAUAACACUACCCAGUUAUCAUGUGGUAUUCAGAUUAGGGGCAGAUGUAAUUUGUUGGCCAUUAGAACAGUUCAAAAUACUUUUCAAAGAUCACCUAGGGGCAGCAAUGCUUCUGCAACUGGGCUUCAUUUGAAAGCUGGUACAUGUUCUAUGUCAACUAGAAUAAAGUUUCCGGUGUUG